ACCGGAUAUAACCCAAGGGCGCCAAGGGAUUGUGGGACGUCAGACUGUCCGUCCUUGUGCGGUGCUGUUCCUUACCUUAGCUUAAGGUCUAACAUAACACAGAAGCUUGGCAAAAUGUACAGACAUCUAAUGGGACUUCGGCAGCUUUCCAGGCGGAGCAUUUCCAGCAGUGCCCGCAGACAGAUUGAUAACUCCGUAAAGGAAAAACAAAAACUGUUUCAGGAGGAUAACGGUAUACCUAUCCAUCUGAAGGGCGGAUCGAAAGACGCUCUACUCUACAGAGCCACAAUGACUCUCACUGUGUUUGGGAGUGGAUAUGUCGUGUAUGAGCUGUUAAGUGCUGCCAUGCCCAAGAAGCCACAAUGAAACAGGAUUGGAUGUAUUUAUCUGAUGAAUCGUGCACAUCGUUCAGAUUUGUAAUCUGGGAAAUGAUUUGUCCCAUCAAUAAUAUCAGUAUGUUUUGUGUUUGAAAUAUGUAUUGAUUGUACAAAUUAUGAGCUGCAAAUAAUAAAAAUGUACAUCUCCUGA